AUGUCUAUUGCCAGUAUAGCAACAGAGUUUAUCUUAUCUGACUCUCUAAUCCGGGAACCAAAGGAUUCAAGAGCCAAGGGCUUACGCUUAGAACUGGCCACAGAUCGAAUUAUUAAAUUUAUCUCCGUGGGACUCCCUCUUCUCCUGGUCUCAGCCGCACUGGCAAAAGAAAUCUCUCUCAAAUCACAAAUCACCUGUUUUCCUCCCAGUAAUUUCUCGCUGAAACAGGCCACAUAUGUGGAUUUGUACUGCUGGGAGACCCUCCUCCACCAUCAUCUUCAAACAAGUGGCAGUUUGCAGGCAUCACUCUGGAUUCACAAGGUGUUCCCGUACUCUCUGUUGGUGAUUGGCAUGAUCAUGUAUCUUCCUGCUUUGAUUUGGAAAGUAUUUGUCACUCCAACCCUGACCGCUGACCUACUUUUCAUUAUUGAUGAGUUGGAUAAAGCCUACAAUCGAUCCAUCAAAGUGGCUCAAUUGAUUGUGAAGAAACAUGAGAACAGCCCCAAUGCCAAGCGUCUGAUCCAGGAAGAAUUAGACAGAGCUCGAAGGGAGAAGUUCUUUGAGUUUCCACUUCUACAGCGUUACCUGGCUUGCAAGAGUCGCUCCUAUUAUUUUGUUUGCAUGUACUACAUGAGGCAGCUACUUAUGUUGGUGUUCAUUUCUGCUGCCUGUCUUUAUCUCGUCUAUUGCCAUUUCCCAGCAUUUUUCCAGGAUGAAUUCAGUUGCUCCAUCAAAUCAGGACUCCUGGCCAAUGAUCCUGGCAUCCCAUCUGUGAUUCAGUGUAAGCUGACUUCAGUGACUAUAUUCAAGAUGAUUAGUGUGGUUAAUGGUGCUGUCUACCUUCUCUUAGUCCCCAUGAUUAUUUACACCCUACUGCAGCUCUGUUACUGGGACAAACAAUUUUUGGCUGUAUAUGAGAUGCUUCCUGCAUUUAACUUGGUUAGUAAGAAGAUGCUGGGUUGUGCUCUGAAUGACCUCAACAUCAUUCUCCAUUUGCUGCGUGCAAACAUCAAUCAGCUGGAGUCAUUUAAUCGUCUGGCAAUGGUAUGCGUUGUGAAGGAUGUGAGUGCAGGGGGACAUGGUUAUACCCUGUUAGAUAUGAUGACACUGCUUGUAGGAUUGGAAAACUACACACAUGGAGGUGGCGGCUAUCCCACUGCAAGCACAGAAAAUGGGGAGAUUGGAUUGCAUCAGCGGGGAUAUUUGGGUUCUCAAGGAGAACAGUAUCAGGGUAAGUGA